AUGUUUGCAACAACGAUUCUGAUAUUUGAAAAUGUAGAUGUACAAACGAUAAAACUAACAACAGGACGUUCUAUCAACAUUAAUGCCACAACUACAUGGAUACAACAUGCAAUUACUGUUGCUGGAGGAAGAGAAGGAGGAAGACGAUUAAAUCAACUUUAUAAUCCUGAUAGUGUCUAUGUUGAUGAUGAUGAUAGAAGUAUUUUAAUUGCUGAAUGGGAAAAUGAUCGUAUUGUUAAAUGGAAAUAUGGUGCAACAAGUGGACAAAUUGUUGCAGGUGGAAAUCGGCGAGGAAGUCGAACUAAUCAAUUAUAUAAUCCUUCAUAUAUGCUUGUUGAUGAAAAAGAUGAUUCUUUGAUCAUUUGUGAUCAUGGAAAUCGUCGAAUUGUUCGUUGGUCACGUCACAAUAGUAAAAAUGGGCAAGUACUCAUCUCUGAUAUUAAUUGUCUUCGUCUGGCAAUCGACAACAAUGGAGAUAUUUACUACAGUGACCCUGCUCAGCAUGUGGUAAGACGAUGGACAAAAGGAGAUACUUUUGGAACAAUAGUGGCUGGUAGAAAUGGACAAGGAAGUAAUCUUAAUCAAUUGGAUAUUCCUACUUAUAUUUUUGUUGAUGAAGACUAUUCAGUUUAUGUAUCAGAUUCUGCAAAUCAUCGUAUAAUAAAAUGGUUAAGAGGUGCAAAAGAAGGAAUAAUUGUUGCUGGUGGACAAGGUGAUGGAGAGAAUUUCAAUCAAUUAUCAUAUCCUGAAGGCUUAUUUGUCGAUCUAUCGGGUAAUAUCUAUGUUGCUGAUAAUGGGAAUCAUCGAAUCAUGCGUUGGCUGAAAGAAUCUACAAAAGGUACUAUUAUUGUUGGUGGAAAUGGUAAAGGAACAAAAUCAACUCAAUUUGAUGAUCUCAGAGAUUUACGAUUUGAUCAACAAGGUAAUCUCUAUGUUAUUGAUAAUGGCAAUCAACGAAUCCAGAAGUUUUAUAUCAAUCCAAAUUGA